AGAGAGAGAGAGAGAGAUGGCCUGUCCCCUCCACAAGAGGUCGUUGAUGUAUUAAAGUUUUUUCUGCAACUCUGCAGACGCAGCCACACGAGUCGUGUCGUGCACCUUUUGAUUUAAUUCCCUUUUUUUGCGUUUGUUUUGUUUGUUUGUUUAUGUGUGCUGAUGCUUGUCUCAGCCACAAAAGAGCUCUAUAUAUAUAUAUAAAAGAGAGUUUUUAUCUAUACAAGGCUUCCCUGGAAGGACAACAAACAUAAAAGAAAUAAAUUAUAAUGAUGUUAAUAAUGUGAGAUUAAAAACUUCAGAAAAUAAGGAUUCAUUUUUCUUUAUUUAAAAAAAAAGAUAAUUAACUGAUUAUAUUUUAAUCUGACAAGCAGUUCACAGUCGUUAUUCUGUGUUAUUGAAAACAAUAAUCAUGGAAAGUAAUAAACUUUCUAAUGUGAUCUCAGGCCAUCUUCCAAUAUUUAUUUACUUGUUUGUUUUAUUUAGGUUUGCAUAUGAAAGGUGUGAAGAUAAGUGUUUGUUUUUUUUUAGCAAAAAAAAGACCAAAAAUUUACUAACUCAUAUAACCUUAUUAUAAUAAUUGUUAUUACUUCUUGUCAUUAGGUAAAUAUUUCCUGGGAAUUGUAAUAGAAAAAUUACAAACGCGUGUUUCACAGCAGGUAGAGAAUAAAGUUUUUUUUUUUUUAUCUGCCAUGGGCGCAUUUUUAUUCCAAUAAUCCACUUUUUUUUUAAUUGAACUGAAUUAUAUUUGCGCUCAUAUUCAUUGGGGUUUUGUCUUGUUCGGAUCCGCCUCUGUAAUUAGGCUCAUUUAUUGACAUUGAUGUUCCCCUGCAGCACAUGAGCAUGUAUGCAUUUUUCUUUAUUUAAACCUGACAUAACCUUCAUUUUCCCCUCUUCGCCUGCAAUUUGUAUUCAACUGGGUCCCAAAUAUAUUUAUAAAAGGACACUUUUUUAAUUUAAUUUGUUCCAAAUGUAAUAUUAAUGCAGACAAAACACCCCCAUCUAGUUGGUAAAUGAAACAAAUUGCCGGAAAUAUCCUUUCACUGCUCAUCUACACUGAUUAAGAUAAAAAGGAUUGUAAAUGUAAAAUAUUUGCUUGUUUUAAAACUUUACCUCUCCCUCCUCCUCCUCCUCCUCCUCGCUGCUGCUGCGCGCUCCGGUUUGUUCCGCGGUGCUGCGCGCUGAUUGGUCGCCCGCUCCUCAUUGUCAUGCUGUCAAUCCGCAUCACAUGGUGCGGCCACUAGGCCUAUUAACACAUGAGCCUGGAGAACAAGUUUACAGACUUCUGUUUCAGAGCCGUGGGGGACAGAGCAGCUGAGAGCGCAGAGAGAAACCAGAAGCACCUGCAGACACACUUGCCUCUUCAGGCACAACUUUUUUUUUCCUCCAUCAUUCUCUGACACUGGUCAGUACUUCUACCUCUUUUUUUGACUUUUGGCGCAGUUUUCUGAACUUUUUGUUUUCUUCAUGUGCCUGUGAGUGAACACUAAAAGCCGCCAGAAUGUACAGCAUGAUGGAGACCGAGAUCAAGACCCCGCUCCCGCAGUCCAACUCGGGCUCGGCGCAGGGCGCAAAGAACAACAGUGCCAGCGACCAGGAGCGCGUGAAGCGGCCGAUGAACGCCUUCAUGGUGUGGUCCCGGGGACAGCGGAGGAAGAUGGCGCAAGAAAACCCUAAAAUGCAUAACUCUGAAAUCAGCAAGCGACUUGGCGCUGACUGGAAACUUCUGACCGACGCUGAAAAGAGACCAUUUAUCGACGAGGCCAAGCGUCUGCGCGCGAUGCACAUGAAGGAGCAUCCGGAUUAUAAAUACCGUCCCCGCAGGAAGACCAAGACCUUGCUUAAGAAAGACAAGUAUUCUUUGCCCGGGGGACUGUUGCCGCCCGGAGCCGGUGCCGUCAACAACUCGGUGUCGGUGAGUCAGCGGAUGGACGGUUACGCGCACAUGAACGGCUGGACAAACAGUGCGUACUCGCUGAUGCAGGACCAGCUGGCCUACCCGCAGCAUCACAGCAUGAACAGCCCGCAGAUCCAGCAGAUGCACCGGUACGAGAUGACGGGCCUCCAGUACCCGAUGAUGUCCUCGGCGCAGACCUACAUGAACGCCGCCUCCACGUACAGCAUGUCCCCGGCGUACACGCAGCAGACCAGCAGCGCCAUGGGACUGAGCUCCAUGGCGUCCGUGUGCAAGACCGAACCCAGCUCGCCGCCUCCGGCCAUCACGUCCCACUCUCAGCGGGCGUGUUUGGGGGACCUGCGGGACAUGAUAAGCAUGUACCUGCCUCCCGGCGGAGACAGCGCGGAGCACUCGUCCCUGCAGAGCAGCCGGUUACACAGCGUCCACCCGCACUAUCAGAGCGCAGGGACUGGCGUCAACGGGACGCUACCUCUCACCCACAUCUGAGAGCAACAACACAAAGAAAAGACUUAAAACUUUUUUCCACAAAAAAAGUACUUCGGAUACUUGAACUUUUUUUGGUUGCUUAAAAAAAAGAAAGAAAGAAAGAAAAGAAAACAGCGUUCAAACAGUUUUGUUUAAACAAAAACACACACAUAAACUCGCAUCUCCUGUCUGAGUUGUCCAUUUAAAAAAAAAAUAAUGAAAUCGUUUUUUUAAAAAAUGGAUCGAAACUGAACCUUUGAGCCCAUCAGAGUAAAUGUGGGCGUUUUAUCACAAGUUAAAGCAAUCAACACAUGUAGAAGAAUUGUCCUUCUAUAUUUUAAAUAAUGCCAUAUUUUCUCUCUAUGAAAAGGCAUGUGGCCUCGUGGAGAGGCUGGUGUAUUUCAGAAAAAAAACAAAAAAAAAAACUGGAUGGAAAGUUGGUUCAUAUGUGUUUACACUUAAUUUGUAGAAUGUCAGUUUGUCUCGAGUCCCAAAAUGUUUAUUUUGUAGUCUCUUCUCUUUUGAUUUCCUCCUCCCUCAUGACUUUAUAGGUUUAAAUGAAAUGUUAAGACUGUGCGGGUCGCAAACGCAAAGUUUUAUUUAUAGUACUAUUAUUUUCUUUUCUUUUUCUUUGUUUUUUUUUUAGCUUGUGAACCCGAUGUUUUUGUCACGUGAAAGAUUUCUCAAAUUUUGUUUUUGUAAAAAAAAUAUUGUUUUGUUCUGUGAUGUUUUUUUUUGACAGUGUCAUGUUUACUCAUUAUCCCCGAACGAAAAAGUUUAUUUAAACUGACGUUUCUACAUAUUUUAUGACCAUCCUCUAUUCUUAAAUGCUGAAUAAAUUUGUACGAAACUUAA